GGCGGCGGCGCGGCGCCGGCGGAGCCUGGGCUGCGGGGCGGCGAGCGGGGCGCCGGGGCCUCGGAAUCACGAUGAGGACCUAGGGCAUCUGCCCACUGACUUCCCGGGCCUGCAGUGACCAUGGCCCCCCGCAAGAGGAGCCGCCAUGGCCUGGGCUUCCUGUGCUGCUUUGGGGGCAGCGACCUCCCCGAGAUCAACCUCCGGGACAGCCACCCUCUGCAGUACAUGGAGUUCUCCAGCCCCAUCCCAAACCCAGAGGAGCUUAACGUCCGCUUUGCUGAGCUGGUGGAUGAAUUGGAUCUCACUGACAAAAACCGGGAGGCUGUGUUUGCACUGCCCCCUGAGAAGAAAUGGCAGAUCUACUGCAGCAAGAAAAAGGAGCAAGAGGACCCCAACAAGCUGGCGACCAGCUGGCCUGACUAUUACAUCGACCGCAUCAACUCUAUGGCUGCCAUGCAGAGUCUGUACGCAUUUGAUGAGGAGGAGACGGAAAUGAGGAACCAAGUCGUGGAAGACCUGAAGACGGCUCUCCGGACGCAGCCCAUGAGGUUUGUGACCCGCUUCAUCGAGCUGGAAGGCUUGGCCUGUCUGCUGAAUUUCCUCCGGAGCAUGGACCAUGCCACCUGUGAGAGCCGUAUCCACACCUCCCUCAUCGGCUGUGUCAAGGCGCUGAUGAACAAUUCCCAGGGGCGGGCGCACGUGCUGGCGCAGCCUGAGGCCAUCAGCACCAUUGCCCAGAGCCUGCGCACAGAGAACAGCAAAACCAAGGUGGCUGUGCUGGAAAUCCUAGGCGCCGUGUGCUUGGUGCCUGGUGGCCACAAGAAGGUGCUGCAGGCCAUGCUGCACUACCAAGUGUAUGCAGCAGAGCGUACACGUUUCCAGACACUGCUGAAUGAGCUGGACCGAAGUUUGGGCCGAUACCGGGAUGAAGUGAAUCUGAAAACAGCCAUCAUGUCCUUCAUCAACGCAGUCCUCAAUGCUGGAGCUGGAGAGGAUAAUCUGGAGUUCCGCCUGCAUCUCCGGUAUGAAUUCCUGAUGCUGGGGAUACAGCCUGUGAUCGACAAACUUCGGCAACACGAGAAUGCCAUCCUGGACAAGCAUUUAGACUUCUUCGAGAUGGUCCGGAAUGAGGAUGACCUGGAGCUAGCCAGGAGGUUUGACAUGGUGCACAUCGACACUAAGAGCGCUUCACAGAUGUUCGAGCUGAUCCACAAGAAGCUGAAGCACACUGAAGCUUACCCCUGCCUGCUCUCUGUCCUGCAUCACUGCCUGCAGAUGCCCUACAAGCGGAACGGUGGCUACUUCCAGCAGUGGCAGCUCCUGGACCGCAUCCUCCAGCAGAUUGUCCUCCAGGAUGAGCGGGGUACGGACCCUGACCUGGCUCCCUUGGAGAACUUCAAUGUCAAGAACAUCGUCAACAUGCUCAUCAACGAGAAUGAAGUGAAACAGUGGCGAGACCAGGCAGAGAAGUUCCGGAAAGAACACAUGGAGCUCGUGAGCCGGCUGGAGAGGAAGGAGAGGGAAUGUGAGACGAAGACGCUGGAGAAGGAAGAGAUGAUGCGGACACUGAACAAAAUGAAGGACAAGCUGUCCCGAGAGUCCCAGGAGCUGCGCCAGGCUCGGGGACAAGUGGCAGAGCUGGUAGCCCAACUCAGUGAAAUCUCAACAGUCCCUGUGUCUUCCCCGCCUCCCCCUGGGGGCCCAUUCACCUUGUCUUCCUCACUGACAACCAACGACCUGCCUCCACCCCCACCUCCUCUCCCCUUCGCCUGCUGCCCCCCACCCCCACCGCCACCCCUCCCACCUGGUGGGCCUCCCACUCCCCCAGGUGCCCCGCCUUGCUUCGGCAUGGGCCUGCCCCUCCCUCAGGACCCCUUCCCCAGCAGCGAAGUCCCACUCAGGAAAAAGCGUGUCCCCCAGCCUUCCCACCCGCUGAAGUCCUUCAACUGGGUCAAGCUGAAUGAGGAGCGUGUCCCUGGCACCGUAUGGAAUGAGAUCGAUGAUAUGCAGGUAUUUCGGAUUCUGGACCUGGAAGAUUUUGAAAAAAUGUUUUCAGCCUAUCAGAGGCACCAGAAAGAGUUGGGCUCCACUGAGGACAUUUACCUGGCCUCCCGCAAGGUCAAGGAGCUGUCGGUCAUUGAUGGUCGGAGGGCUCAGAACUGCAUCAUCCUUCUCUCCAAGUUGAAGCUUUCUAACGAGGAGAUCCGGCAGGCCGUCUUGAAGAUGGACGAGCAGGAGGACCUUGCUAAGGACAUGCUGGAGCAGCUCCUUAAGUUCAUCCCGGAGAAGAGCGACAUUGACCUCCUUGAGGAGCACAAGCAUGAGAUCGAGCGCAUGGCCCGCGCUGACCGCUUCCUCUAUGAAAUGAGCAGGAUCGACCACUACCAGCAGCGACUGCAGGCCCUCUUCUUCAAGAAGAAGUUCCAGGAGCGGCUGGCUGAAGCCAAGCCCAAAGUGGAAGCCAUCCUGCUGGCCUCCCGGGAGCUGGUGCGCAGCAAGCGUCUAAAGCAGAUGCUGGAGGUUGUUCUGGCCAUCGGCAACUUCAUGAACAAAGGGCAGCGUGGGGGCGCCUAUGGGUUCCGGGUGGCCAGCCUCAACAAGAUCGCCGACACCAAGUCCAGCAUUGACAGAAACAUCUCUCUGCUCCAUUACCUGAUCAUGAUCCUGGAGAAACAUUUCCCUGACAUCCUGAACAUGCCUUCGGAGCUGCAGCAUCUUCCAGAAGCUGCCAAAGUCAACCUGGCAGAGCUAGAGAAGGAGGUGGGCAACCUCAAGAGGGGCCUCCGAGCAGUCGAGGUGGAGCUGGAAUAUCAGAGACGCCAGGUGCGGGAGCCCAAUGAUAAGUUUGUCCCAGUCAUGAGCGACUUCAUCACAGUGUCCAGCUUCAGCUUCUCAGAGCUGGAGGACCAGCUAAAUGAGGCCAGGGACAAGUUUGCCAAGGCCCUGAGGCACUUCGGGGAGCAUGAGAGCAAGAUGCAGCCGGACGAAUUCUUUGGCAUCUUUGACAGCUUCCUGCAGGCCUUCUCGGAGGCCCGGCAGGACCUGGAGGCCAUGAGGAGGAGGAAGGAGGAGGAGGAGCGGCGGGCACGCAUGGAAGCCAUGCUAAAGGAGCAGCGGGAGCGCGAGCGGUGGCAGCGGCAGCGGCAGGUCCUGGCGGGCAGUGCGCUGGAGGAGGGAGGCGAGUUCGACGACCUGGUGUCGGCCCUGCGCUCCGGGGAAGUUUUUGACAAGGACUUGUGCAAACUCAAGCGCAGCCGCAAGCGAUCAGGGAGCCAGGCCCUGGAGGUCACCCGGGAGCGGACAAUGCACAAGCUAAAUUAUUGACCUGGGGACUGGCUCCACAGGAGGCUGGAGACUGGGACAGGCCGAGAGGGGCUGAGCAGAGGCGGAGGUGCUGUGAUACUUCAACCAUUUGGUGCUGGUGUAGAGCCCUGGGCUGGGCCCUGGGGUGGGGGCUGUGGGGGCUGGACCAGGUGUCUCCCCAUGCUUACCUAAGGGCUCCUCCCUUCUCACCUUUGCAUUCUUCUCUCUGCAUCCUGGCCCCCAGGGGCCUUCUUGAAGGUUGGCUUGGACAUCCCUGGCAUACCACGGUCUGGCCAGGCAACUGCAAGCUGAGGGGACCCUGCUCCCCAUCCCCCACCAUGGCACCCCCAUGUUGGCACAGAAGUCUUCCAGAUCUAGACUGGAAAGUUCCCCCGACUGUGUCCAGAUUUCAUGCAUGGGGCAUUAACAGUGGGAUGGCCCUUAGAGCCAGGGAGAGGGGAUCCAGGCUCCCUUUUCUCAAGGGGAGGCUCAAUGGAACACUGAUCUGGGGAGAACUUUCCUCUCACAUGGAAACAGAAGAGCAUUAUAUGUUCUAGCUAGAUCAGCUCUGGUAUGUUCCAGAACACCACAUGUUGGGAGGAUGAUGCAGGGACCAGAGCCAUCAGACGGAGUAGCUGUGCCUGUUUCCUGCAUCACAAGUCCUUUGGCCACUCUCUUGCAUGUCUGAAGUCUCUCCCCUUCCUUCCCCACCCCCACCUCCAUCCUAUCUACUAACCCACAAUCCAGAAAACUCAGCUUUGGGUUCCCACGACUGUGGCUUACUACCAGCUACUUGAUGAACCUGGAGAGACUUCAUCACCACACCUCAUGCUUUGUGCGUCGGGGCCCCCACUACCCCACACAACCUGACCAUCGUCCUGAAGUGAGACAGAGACCUCGACCUCACAUGUUGCCUAGGAGUUCCCAGAGCCCCUAGCCAGAGGGCGACACUUGAAUGUCGAGCUCCACCCAACAGCUCCUUGGUCCACCACUUAAUAUUAAUCGUGCUGGCCCCAGCUUUUUUUCUAACACCUGCCUCAGGGCAGAAGCCGUGGUGGCGUCUUCUCUGCCCAGCCUGCAGGAUACCACUUGGAACCACAUGCACCUGGCUGAGGCUGGCCCUGGAGAGUUGGUCCUAAGGGCCAAAGCUGCCCUCUGCAUUUACAUGUAGUCUCUGAGGGUGCCCUCCUCCCCAACCCCCAGGCAUUGGGCUUAGGGUCCAGAGAAGAGCAGGCAGGAGAGCUGGGGACUGGGGAUGGAGGAGGAAGGCCAGCUUCCUUGGGGAGUGCACUGCCUGAAAGGAGCCAAGGAAGGAAGUCUGGGAGGAGGCCCCACCACCAUCUCUGGUACCCAAUUUGGAUCUUCAACCUGACUUGCAAGGGGCCCACUCUGGUCCUCCCGUCCACUCCUACCUUCCAUUUUGUCCAUCUUGAGCAGUCACUGGCAGGAGAGUGGGACGGCUGUAUAUAGACAGAUUUUCUUCUAACAUGAGGAGAGUGAGGUCAACUCCAUCAAGGCUCUUAUUUUGAAUACACACCCCCACUCCUAGCUGACCUUUCAUCCUCUGUGAGACCAGCUUGCCUGACGCUCACCAUCAACCAGCUCCUGGCCUUUAUGUUUCUGACCUUCGGACUGCAUUCCCAGGCUCAGGGUGAUUGCCAGUGGACAGACUGGUGGGCUGGGCCCGCUCUUCAGCUGCCUGUCUUCUGCCUUUUCUCAACAUCAGACUCCUGGGGUGGGGCAUAGUAGCUGUGGGGGAAGAAGCAGGGUUGGUGAGCCCAGCAUGUGCGUUGGUUGGAAGGGGCGAUGCGUGUGUUCUGUGGGAGGGAUCUGAGUAAGUGCAAGCCUGGCUGGCACAGGUGUGAAGAGGCCAUCUGGAACCCAGGUGAGGGCGAGGAAGGCUUCCAGGAAGAGCAUCUGCAGAGAGCUUCAUUAUAUCCAUCUGCGCACCCGAGAGCCUCACUGCAAGAAGCAGGCACUGGGGUGAUGGGGAAGCUGCGGGUGGGGCCUCUGAAGGUCCUCUCCCAAACCUGCCAGCUGAGAUCAGCCUAACCCGCAAGAGGCAGGGAACAGGGAGGACUCCAGUUCUGUCCAAGCAUGUCCAAAUCUGGCAUUCCCACCCACCAUGGAAGACUGGAUACACACCAGGAAAGACAAGGAAUAUGGAAGCUGUUCACAACACAUUCCAUCCUCAGAAAAGCAGUCAUGGUUUAGCUGUUUACAGAAGACAUAUCAUUCCAGAGCUCAGCCUUUUCACCCCCAAAUGGUUUUUUGUUCUCUAUUUAUUAUUUUCUAGAUCUGGCCAGUGGCUUUGGUCCUACAUGCCACUGUGGCCAGAUCUCUCCAACAGUGCUUUGGACCGUGGACCAUCAGAGUCAACUCAGCAGGGAGGGACUGGUGCUCAGCGGAGGCUGCUGAGCUAGUCCUUGAUAUGUUAAAUGUUUAAGCCUUGCUUUCCACAGUGCCCUGCCCACCCCUCCUGCCACCUUCGGAUAAAUUUCUCCCACUGUCUAAUUUUGUGUCCAAGAUAAAAUUCAGUCAGCCUAACACAACCCAUCCCUUCUCAGCAGCAGCACUUCCUCCUCCCUGUGGUGGUGGGAGAACACCCUCAAGGUAGAUGAGGACGGCUCUGGUCCAGGCUCUCCCCAGUCCUAUCACAUUCCCACCAACUGGGGAGCCAUGACCAUCCCCCCUGACCUCUACCAGGAACACCUUCAUGCCAAGGCUGCUUUCACCAGCUGUCUCAGAUGAUAAGUGAGGCUAAUGUACAAAAUUUGCAGUGUCUUUACCUGCACCUUUUUUAUAAGAAUAUAUUGUAAUACUAAAAAAUAUUAAACCCAUACCAUCCCUACCCAGCCUUCCUUGAAAC